UCGUGCUCAUAUACACUAUGCAUACAGGUAGUCCGUAAACACAAUGAAAGAAGCGUGUUUAAAAUUGCGUUUCUAUGUUUUUACUAAGCAUUUCGGCAAUGAAAUAGUCUGGUAGGUCAGUAAAUAGACUAAACUUAACUCUGCUGUUGGAGUUUACAAUUGAGCUUGCAGGAUUUAGCAAUCAUUAGUCCAAACAUGACAGAAAAAUAAUUUCUGUUCCAUUUUUUACUCUGCUAGGUAAGGCGAACAGUUAUUUUUUAUUUUAUUAAUAUUUUAAAGACGAACAGUUAUUGACAGAUAAUUACACCGUCUCUGUUUUUUUUUUUUCGUGCUGGUUGAAAUAGCCCACCACACAAACAGUAGUUUUGUAAAUAGAUUACUGGAUAAGUUGAUUAUCUGCUCAUUGACUUUUUGGUCAUCUUAAUUUUAACGGAAUGAGUCUGCAGGAAGCCCUGGCGAUUGAUCCUGCCAUGGGUCCUUUACAGAGGAGCGUGUACUGGAAACUGUGCGUGCUGUUUUUCUUCACGGCAUUCAUGUUUUUCGCCGACGUGUUUACUGUAAAUAUAUUUCCAUGUCUUGAACCGGAGAGAGUUCACAACUUUAUUCAAAAUUCCACAGAAUCCAUAUUUUCGAAUGAAAAUGAUUACACUUGGAAUAAUGUCACAGAAAGCGUCGAUAGUUCAGAAUGUGUGGAAAUGGAGCUUUUUGCUUAUGGACAAACCAUGUACAUGAUAGGACUGCUGUUCUGCGCUCCUGUGGGCGGGGCUUUCGCUGACAGCUAUGGGAAGCAGCGCCUCCUGGUGGUGAGCGCUGCAUUGCAGGCAGUCACAGCCCUGUGCUCAGCCUUCUCCCCCUCUGCUGCCUUCCACCUGGCUGCCCGCUGUGUGGCUGGAAUGGCGUGCUGUGGCAUCAACAUCAGCAGCUUCAGUUUAGGUGUGGAGUGGAGUCUGCCUAGGUACCGCACCUGGCCACCUGCCCUGCUAUCCUUCUUCUUCAGCCUUGGAAUGAUGUGUCUGGCUGGUGCAGCAUAUCUCUGUUCAAGUGUGGUCCAGCUGUACCUGAGCAUGGCUAUACCACAGCUCCUCUGCUUCCCUCUCUACCUUUCUAUCCCAGAGUCUCCUCGAUGGCUGUUCCUGAAUGGAAAGAUGAAGAUUGUAGAGCAGUAUCAGGCCAGGAGUCAUGAGGACAGGAAGAAUCUGGAUCAGCUUAUAGAUAUCAUGGGAAAGGAAGAAAAACCCAGUGAAACAUACAACAGCCAGAAAAGACACUGUGACCUGGUACACUUCAAAUCCCCUACCAUAAUACUGAGGCUCUUUGUAAUGAGCUAUAUUGGGUUGGCCUCUGCCCUUACCUACUAUGGGAUUUGCUUUAAUGUGGGGAAUUUUGGGGUGGAUAUCUACCUGGCUCAGUUUUUUUCCGGGCUGUCAGAGGCUCCCUCGCUCCUGAUGCCCCUGCUGCUGGGGCGCUGUGGCCGACGCCCCUUCUCCAUCAUCUCACUCUUCCUCAGUGGCUCCGCCUGCCUGCUGUCGGUCCUUAUCUCCAAGUCCUGGGAUGCUCCUGCUCUUGUGAUGGGCUUGGCUCUGAUGGGGAAACUGUGCAUUCAGACUACCACUUGUGUGACAGUACUCUAUGGAAUAGAGCUGUUUCCCACCAUAAUCAGGCAGAAGUGUGUGGGUGUGGCAUACCUGUGGUACCGUGUGGGCUGCAUUCUGAAUGCUGUGGUAGCUCUUCGAGGAGGUAUCCCCCUAGUGGCCAUGAUGUGGUACGGCAGCGGGCCCAUCCUGGGGGCUGGGCUAUGCCUGCUGCUUCCCGAGACCAGCGGAAGGCCCCUCCCUGACACAGUCCCAGACUGUGAGGCCCAGCAGGGUGGGCUGAUGCCACUCUGCUGCCCCCCGGUGGAGGCCACUGGAGUAUCGCCUUCCCUCCCCAGGCAAGAACAGGGCGGAGUAUCGCCUUCCCUCCCCAGGCAAGAACAGGGCGGAGUAUCGCCUUCCCUCCCCUGGCAGAAGCAGGGCGGAGUAUCGCCUUCCCACCCCAGGGAGAAGCAGGGCGGAGUAUCGCCUUCCCUCCCCUGGCAGAAGCAGGGCGGAGUAUCGCCUUCCCACCCCAGGGAGAAGCAGGGCGGAGUAUCGCCUUCCCACCCCAGGGAGAAGCAGGGCGGAGUAUCGCCUUCCCUCCCCUGGCAGAAGCAGGGCAGAGUAUCACCUUCCCUCCCUAGGCAGAAGCAGGGCAGAGUAUCGCCUUCCCACCCCAGGGAGAAGCAGGGUGGAGUAUCGCCUUCCCACCCCAGGGAGAAGCAGGGUGAAGUAUCGCCUUCCCACCCCAGGGAGAAGCAGGGUGAAGUAUCGCCUUCCCACCCCAGGGAGAAGCAGGGCAAAGUAUCGCCUUCCCUCCCCAGGCAGAAGCAGGACAGAGUAUCGCCUUCCCUCCCUAGGCAGAAACAGGGAGGAGUAUCGCCUUCCCUCCCCAGGCAGAAGCAGGGCAGAGUAUCGCCUUCCCUCCCCAGGCAGAAGCAGGGCAGAGUAUCGCCUUCCCACCCCAGGCAGAAGCAGGGAGGAGUAUCGCCUUCCCUCCCCAGGGAGAAGCAGGACAGAAACCCUCACAGAAUGCUGUCCUCUGAUGGCCUGGGGGCUGUUUCACACGCAGUGUAAAACUGCGUAAGUCUGCGUUACUGCCCUAAUACAACAACACUGUGCCUUCUGUCCCUCAAACGGAGCACAACACGAAGAGCAUAAGGGUUGAAUCUGAAUAUUGUCCUCGACAGUGCUUAUUAAAUGCUCUUUACGACAGCAAUUGAGUAUGUAUAUCAGUACAUUUGAUAUUUUCUGUAUUACACACGUGGGGAGGAUCAUUUAAGGACCUUUCAUGUGUUUUAAUGUUUUUCCAUCCAUAUUUUCAGAGAUUAAACUAAAUCACGUAUAAGAAAUGUAUAAAUAGGGAUGUGAAAGAAACUCAAUCUGUGAAAAAAACAACCCUAAAAGAAAAUCUAGUUUGUAUAUUAAAAAUGUCAUCUGGAGUAAGACGUGGUACAGACCAUAGGGUGACCAGCUGAAUCCAUAUGAGAUUCCCUCUGUGCUGUACCCUGUCUAAAUAAAGACAAUACAAAAUGGA